AUGAAUAGAGAAAUAAUAAUACCAAUAAUAUCAGUUGGAUGUAUUUAUAUUGGUAAUACCCUUUAUCAAUGGUCAUUAGAAGGUAGAAAAGAUAUUGAUUGGACACAUCAUCAUUUGGGAACAUUUGGAUUUUAUAUAUUUUGUUCAUCAAUUUUAUUUUUUACAGGAUUUUUUACAUUUGCAAAACAAAUUAUAGAUUUAUCAAAAAAGAAUAGUAAUAAUAAGAAGAAUAACGAUAAUAAUAAUAAUAAUAAUAAUAUUUCAUUCAACCUAUAUUUAAUAUCAAUUACAAUAUUAUUUCUAUUUUGUUUAAUUUCAACAUUAUUAGAAAUUACAAAAGAUGUUGGUGCAACGUUAAUUCAUCAUGGUCAAUAUAAUUUAUUAGUUUUAUCAGGUUUAUUAUUAUUUUAUAUAUCAACUUUUACAAUUUGGUGGACAUUAUUAAGAUAUUUUAAAUUUAAACAAAUUAUAAUUGGAUUUAUUAUAUUUUUUAUAUUAUUAUUUAUAAUUUUUGAAAUAAAGAAUGUUGUUAUUAAAAAAGAUUGGCCAAUUGGAAUUGAUGGAAAGAAAUUUAUGUUUUUUGAUAAGAAUGAUUCAAAAGUUUGUAAAAUAUCAAAUGAUUUUAUAGCGUGGCCAUCAUUUAUACCAAAAGGUUCAACUUGGGUUGUUGCAGGUUCAAGAGAAUGUCCAAAAGAUAAAGGUUUUUCAAAUUUAGAUUAUGAUAAUAUUUUACAUAUAAAUUGUCCAUCCUCUAAUGGUGAUAAUGAAAAAUCAUAUACAAUAUCACCAACAUUUUUUGAAGAACAAAAAGAAUUUGGAAUUUUUACAAAUGAUUUUAAAACUUUUGAAAAACAAUAUAAAAGUAAAACUUUUAAAUAUAAUGAUCCUGUUAUUAUUAAGGAUGAAACUGUAAUGGCGACAUGUGGUAAUAAAACUGAAAUUCAUUUUCAAAAUGUUAAAAAAGUUUCAGCACAUAAACGUGCUAGUAAUUUUAAUGAACCAAAAUUAAAAUUUUCAACAACAACAACCACCACCACCACCAAUGGUGAUGAUGAUGAAAAAGAAAUUAAAAUUAAAACAAUGAAAAAGGAAGAAAAGAGUAAACCAAUUGAUAUAUUGUUUUUAAUGAUUGAUGCAUUAUCGAGAGCACAUUUUAAGAGAGCAUUACCAUCGACAUUUGAAACAUUACAAGCAAUUCAAAAUAAAGGUGAAUCAAAGGUAUUUCAAUUCUUUAGAUACCAUUCAUUGAAGCCUUUUACCGAUCCAAAUACAAUUGCAAUGUAUACAGGUUACAAUUCAUUGAAUUAUGAUUUUACUGAUAAAAAGAAUGGGUUGCCAUCAUCUGCGAGCAAACACCACCCAUUCAAUUGGCAAGAUAAUCCAAUGUUUUUUCAAUCAUUUAGAAACGAUAGUUAUGUGACAUCGUGGAUCUAUGGCUUGUGUGAGGAUUGGUUCCAAGCUUAUUUGAAAACUGAUAAACCAGAGGACUCAAUCGAUCAUGAGUUGGUGCUACCGUUUUGCUCGCCAUUGGCAUUCCCAUUGGAGAGACCAUUUGGUAUUUUCGAAGGACCCUAUUCGAUAAGAAGACGUUGUUUGGGUAAUAAACAUAUUCAUGAUAAAAUAUUCGAUUAUAUUAACCAACUUUGGGAUAACUAUUAUGACGUGGGUAAAAUCGUUACCGCCACAUUCAUGGAUGCCCAUGAGGGUACAAUGGAGGUAAUUGGUAUCGCUGAUAAACAAUUCAAUAGAUUCAUCAAAGAAGAUAUGGAGCAAAAUUUAAAUGAUACAGUUUUAUUUUUAGUCGGUGAUCAUGGUUCCCAUAUGGGUCCUUAUUAUAUGUGGGCUAAAGGUGGUUCAAUCGAAGUUUCAAUGCCUUUACUCUAUAUAGUUUUACCAACUUGGUUCACCAAUAAAUACCCUCACGUCGAAAAAUACCUCUUGGAAAAUGAAAAUAAAUUAGCUUCACCAUUUCAACUUUAUGAUACCAUUAGAGCUUUAUCAACUUUUCCAGAAUUUGGUGGUAUUGAUGUUUUCGAUCCAACUGGUGAAAAUAGAAAACAAACUAAAGGUCUAUUAGGUCCAAUUCCAAAUGAUAUUUCUUGUUUAGAUUUAGGUAUACCUCAUGAUUUUUGUCAAUUAAUAAAAUAA